CCUCCGCCACCAUCGGGCGACUGCUCCUCCUCUGCCCGCGGCAUGGGAGCGGAAUAUCCCACCUUCGCGGACGUCUCCAGGGCCCGCGCCCUCCUUUUCCUCGCCGACUCCACGCCCCCGCCGGCCCCGCCUUCGCCUCCUCCCGCUCACGGCGAUGAGUUCUACUGCUGCUCUGGCUCCUCGUCCUCCUAUUCCGCCGCGUCGACCAGGUCGUGCGUCUCCGACUCGACGCAGCACGGCCGCCCCGUCGACCCCCUCUGCGUGCUCUCCGUUGUCGCCUCCCUCCACCUCAUCGAACCUAAGCUGUGUGCUCUGCUCGCCGAGGCCACAAGCGCGCUGUUCCAUACCGAGGCAGAGAAAAGGCGGAAGGGCGUGUGGAUCGAGAUCGACAGCUGCGGCGACGACAACCAGAUCGAGAGGAGCAGCGCCGUGGCCAGCGAAGGGAGCACCGUCACGGCCGCAGCGUCCGCGGGCUCCACAGCCACGUCGGGGACAUGCCGCCGGGCUCCGCGGGCGGGUUGUGCUGCUGGCGGGAAGAAGCCGAGGGAAGCAGACGUGAUCAUGCAAUGGUUUUCGCGGCCGCAAGCUGGGCCGGCCACCGAGAAUGACAUCUGCGCCGCCGUCGGCGACAACUCCGGCACGAGCAAGGCGAUACGCUGGCUGCUGAAGCAGGUGGGCGGAAAUGUAAGAGUUCCUAGAACAACAGCUAAGGCCUUCAAAUCAGUGAAUUGAAAUGACGCAGACUGGUCUGAUGAAGCGAACAAAGUUCAGUUUAUAGCAAACGAGAUAUUUACUGUAGGGCCGGCUAUUGGAGAAGGCCAAGUUGUCUUUUGAAGUGUAUCCAGUAAUUUGUACCUGCUGUUGUCAUAAUGACCUGGUUGUGCCUUCCUACGGAGAAGUAUAGGAUAUAAGCUAGGUUGUCAUAUUAGCCCCCCUCCCCCCCCCCCCCCCCCCCCCCCCCCCCGGACAGGAAAAUGGUACAGCAAUGGAGAUACCAUGCAUGCUUUCGUUGUUGAUUUGAUUUAUGCAAGAACAUAACGCUAAGUAGAACCAAACCUUAGACCAUUCAUUCUCCUUGGAAGCUUGAGUUUCGAUUCGUCAGUACCAUUUUCAGCAAGUAGCAUUGUACGUAGGGUUUUCAUAGGUUUUGUCCUCGACAUAUGUUGGACAGCCUAGCUUGUUUUGAUUCCCCACGGUUGACAUACAUGU